AUAUUCACCUAGGAUAUCCCAUCCCCAUCGCCAUCCCCAUCCCUUGUACGGCCUUCCAAACAACGACUAGUCAAGUUUCCCGUACAAAAAGAAUAAAAACUGGUCAACGGGAUUACGUAGACACUACAUACUCUCCUCCCUCCCGUGUUCUCUUGACCUCGACCUCGCCACAUUGCUGAGAGAGCAAGAAACCCAAGAAAGAAGCUGAUCAGUUGGAAGUAUCCAUCGACCACUCGAUAUAGCUGGGUACAUGGAGGAGGCGGCAGCCGGCGCCGGCGAGGAGGAGGUGUACUGCGCGGUGGGGAAGGAGCAGUGGAACUGGAAGGCGAACCUGCGGUGGGUGCUGGCCAACUUCCCCGGCCGCCGCCUCGUGCUCGCCCACGUCCACCGCCCGCCGCACCGCAUCAACAUGAUGGGGGCGUGGGUGCCGGUGAGCCAGGUGGGGGCAGCCAUGGUGGCCGCGUGCAGGAAGUGGGAGGAGGACGAGGCCAGCGACGCCCUCGACCAGCUCAUCCGCAUAUGCAAAGCCCACCGGGUCCUCGCGCGCAAGGUCAUCGUGUCCGGCGACGACGUGGCGGAGGGGCUGGUGCAGCUCGUCGUCGACCAUGGCGUCGGCGAGCUCGUCAUGGGCGCCGCCUCUGACCGGUCCUACUCGAGGAAGAUGCGGGCGCCCAAGUCUAAGAAGGCGGCCACCGUGCUGCUCAAGGCCAACCCCUCCUGCAGGAUCUGGUUCGUCUGCAAAGGAAAGCCCGUCUGCACCAGAGAGGCUAGCGACGAGGGGCUGAGCAGAGGAGAGCCAUCCACGGCUAGCACCAGCCCCAGGCCAGCUGCUUCCGACGACUGCUCCACAUCGAAAUCAUCGUCGGGCCGCCACGGCGAGCCGGUCGGCGUCCAUGACUCGCCUACGUCUUCGAAACCUGGUUCGGGCGACGGAGGCGAGAUGGACGAUGCGCCGCACGGGAAGCUCAAGGACGAGCCCUACGAACAGACUGGUCGGUCGCCUGGAGCUGCGGAAGAAUCCAUGCCCGGCGCAAUGGAUGGUGAUCAUGGUGUCAAUGCCUUCCGGAUAGGGUUGUUAGAGCUGGAGGCGGCGACGGGCCGUUUCGACGAGUCUGCCAGGAUAGGCAUUGCUGGCAUUGGCCGCGCCGGCCUGUACAGAGGAAGCCUGCGCGGCAUGAGCGUCGCCGUCAGGGUCAUUUCCCCUGAUGCCGCCGUCGGCGAGGCACGGUUCGCUCGCGAGGCCGACGCCAUCGGCAGGGUGAGGCACCCGAGCCUCGUGCCGCUCGUCGGUGCGUGCCCGGAGGCACGCGCCGUGGUGCACGAGCUCAUGCCGGGCGGGAGCCUGGAGGACCGCCUCGACCAAGGAGGCGACGGGACGCCGCCGCUGCCGUGGAAGGCGCGGUGCCGCGUGUCACACCAGGUCUGCUCCGCGCUGGCCUUCCUCCAUGCGUCAGCCAAGACGGUGCACGGCGACGUCCGCCCGGCGAACAUCCUCCUGCUAGACCAGGGCGACGAGCGGCGCUCCUCCAUUAAACUCGCCGGCCUCGGCAUGCGCGGGCUCCUGGUGCAGGCGGAGCAGCAGCGGGCCGGCCGCGAGGCGCUGGCGUACGUGGACAAGCGGUACCCCGCGACGGGGGAGCCGACCCCACAGUGCGACGUGCACGCUCUGGGCCUGCUGCUGCUCCGGCUAGUCACGGGCCUGCCGGCGCGUUGGGCGAAGAAGGCGGCACUAGAGGCCGCCGCCGGCGGGGGCAGAGCCUGGCAGCAGGUGGUGGACGCGAGCGCAGGGGGGUGGCCGACGGAGGUGGCUACCGAGGUGGCGCUCCUCGGGCUGAGGUGCUGCGCCGUGAGCGACGGCCGAGCGCCGUGUCGCCCGGCCGGUGAGCUGCUCGAGGAGGCGCGCGCCGUGCUGGAGGCCACGAUGGACGCCGCACCGGGCAGGACGUGGUCUUCAUCACUGUUGUCAUCGUCGGAGAAGGAGGCGUCUGACGGCGGUGGCGCGCCGCCCGUCCUACAUCCUCUACCGGAUAAUCAGGAUCCAAAUAAUCUGAGUGCCAGAAGCAGCAGGUCCACCAGGUAGUUGAUGCAUCUGUAGCCAAUGAUUAUUUUGAGAUGGGAAUGAUCUGUUGAGGUGGUGGUGUGUACCGUUCCACUCCUCUCAGGUAGACUGGAGUAAUACAAAAAGAUACAUGCUUUUACAUAUAGGUGAAUUUUGAUCAGAGAUUAAGGGAGAGAAGGGGCCCAUCUCAUGAAAAUUAGGGGUGAAGAGGUUAGUUAGUUUGAGAAGAUCCUAGUCAGCGUGUAAAAGCAUGUAAACCUUUGUAUGUCUAGCAUUAUUCUGCUAGAGGAUAUUGGCUACGAGGGUGACAAGUUAAUGAGCAA